AUGCGAGAUCAUGGCCGCUUCGGGCUCCUCAGCUAUGAGCAGCGGCCCCUCAAGCGGGCCCGCCUGGGGCCGCCCGACGUCUACCCGCAGGACCCCAAGCAGAAGGAGGAUGAACUUACGGCCGUGAAUGUAAAGCAGGGUUUCACUAACCAACCAGCCUUCUCUGGAGAUGAGCAUGGGUCUGCUAGAAAUAUUGUCAUUAACCCUUCAAAGAUUGGUGCUUAUUUUAGCAGCAUAUUAGCAGAGAAGUUAAAACUUAAUACCUUCCAAGACACAGGAAAGAAGAAACCGCAAGUAAAUGCCAAAGACAACUACUGGCUAGUGACUGCUCGUUCCCAGAGUGCAAUUCACAAUUGGUUUGCAGAUUUAGCAGGAAAUAAACCAUUGCCUAUUCUUGCAAAGAAGGUUCCCAUUCUCAGUAAAAAGGAAGAUGUCUUUGCGUAUUUAGCGAAGUAUUCUGUGCCAUUGCUGAGAGCAGCGUGGCUGAUCAAGAUGACCUGUGCCUAUUACUCUGCAAUUUCUGAAGCUAAAAUCAAGAAACGUCAGGCUGCUGAUCCAAACCUUGAAUGGACUCAGAUUGCAACCAGGUACCUUCGAGAACAGCUUGUAAAGAUUGCAGAAUUUUAUCACGUGACCUCAAACCAAGGUAGCGGCUCUGUUGUGGUGCCUCCUGAAAUAGAACAGACCCUGAAGCAGUGGGAUUAUAAUGAAAAGCUGUCAUUUUAUAUGUUCCAGGAAGGAAUGUUUGAAAGACAUGAAUAUCUAACAUGGAUACUGGAUGUCUUGGAAAAAAUAAGACCAGUUGAUGAUGAACUUCUAAAACUCCUGCUACCGCUAAUGUUGCAGUAUUCAGAAGAGUUCGUUCAGUCGGCCUACUUGUCACGUCGCCUUGCUUAUUUCUGUGCCAGACGUGUCUCUCUACUGAUAUGUGAUAGUCCUAACCUCAUAGCUGCCCAUUCACCUCAUAUGAUUAUUGGACCAAAUAAUCCUCCACUAGCAGCUGCAAGCCCUACUACUACCGGUCCUAUGAUGAGCCCUGCACAGAUGGUCUGUUCAGAUUUCCUUUCCUGCCCACAACAUCGUCCGCUUGUUUAUGGACUCAGUUGUAUGCUGCAGACUAUAACUCUUUGUUGCCCAAGUGCCUUGGUGUGGAAUUAUUCCACAAAUGAAAGUAAAAGCAUUAAUCCAGGUUCUCCUUUGGAUUUACUUCAAGUUGCUCCAUCCAGUUUGCCUAUGCCAGGAGGAAACUCCAUAUUCAAUCAGCAAGUUCGGGCAAAAAUUUAUGAAGUAGAACAACAGAUAAAACAAAGGGGACGUGCUGUGGAAGUGCGGUGGUCAUUUGACAAGUGCCAAGAAUCAACUGCAGGGGUUACUAUCAGUCGCGUUUUGCACACGUUGGAGGUUUUGGAUAGACAUUGCUUUGAUCGAUCGGAUUCCAGCAACUCAAUGGAAACUCUUUAUCACAAGAUUUUCUGGCCAAACCAGAGUAAGGAUAACCAGGAGAUGGCACCUAAUGAUGAGGCUGUGGUAACACUGCUUUGUGAAUGGGCCGUGAGCAGUAAGAGAUCUGGCAAGCAUAGGGCUAUGGCUGUUGCCAAGCUAUUGGAGAAGAGGCAAGCUGAAAUUGAGGCAGAAAGAUGCAGUGAGGCAGAAGUAUUGGACGAGAAGGAAUCCAUUUCUUCAUCAUCAGUUGCUGGAUCCAGCCUUCCUGUAUUCCAGAAUGUGUUCCUUAGGUUUUUAGAUACUCAGGCUCCCUCGUUAUCUGACCCAAACAGUGAAUAUGAGAAGAUGGAAUUUGUGAACCUGGUUCUCCUUUUUUGUGAAUUUAUACGACACGAUGUUUUCUCCCAUGAUGCUUACAUGUGCACUUUAAUAUCACGAGGAGACCUAGUCACCGCAGCCUCCCGAUCACGCUCACCCACUGGAGAAAAUGUGGACGAAUGCUAUUCUAAGGAGCAAGAUGUCAAAAUGGAGGAGCAUAGUAUUAUGGAACAUAUGUACAUUGACUCGGGAACCACUAAUAUUUUUGAUGACGUAGACAAGAGUGACUUUAAAACAGACUUUGGUUCGGAAUUUCCAAUUUUUUCUGCAAUGCCUGGGGAGACUUGUGAGAAUCUGAACUCCAUAUUAGACAGAAGAAUUUCAGCAAGCAGUGAAAAGUCUAUGAAGAGGGAAAAACUGAGAGAACUGAUAUUUCCAUCAAACUACAAUCUCCUUCGUCAUUUGCAAUAUGCAACACAUUUUCCAGUCCCUCAGGAUGAAUCUUCAAGUCACGAAUGUAACCAGCGCAUGAUCCUCCUUUAUGGUGUUGGCAAAGAACGUGAAGAGGCAAGGCAUCAACUGAAGAGGAUCACCAAAGAUAUCUUGAAAAUCCUGAAUAGGAAGAGCACUACUGAAAUGAGCGCUGGUGACGAAGGACAGAAAGUAAGAAAGAACAAGCAAGAAGCAUUUCCAACUUUAGAGACGGUGUUUACAAAACUGCAGCAACUCUCCUAUUUUGAUCAACAUCAAGUGACAUGCCAGAUUUCCAACAAUGUUCUGGAACAGAUUACUAGCUUUGCUUCAGGAACAUCAUAUCAUCUUCCUCUGGCUCACCACAUACAACUUAUCUUUGAUCUCAUGGAACCUGCUCUAAAUAUCAAUGGACUUAUUGACUUUGCUGUUCAGCUGCUGAAUGAGCUGAGUGUGGUGGAAGCUGAACUCCUGCUGAAAUCAUCCAGCCUGGCGGGAAGUUACACGACAGGGCUGUGUGUCUGCAUUGUGGCUGUUCUGAGGCAUUACCAUGCCUGCCUCAUUUUAAAUCCGGACCAAACGGCACAGGUUUUUGAAGGAUUAUGUGGUGUUGUCAAACAUGUGAUUAAUCCUUCAGAAUGCUCUUCCCCAGAAAGGUGUAUUUUAGCUUAUCUGUAUGACCUCUAUGUGUCCUGUAGCCAUCUCAGGAGCAAAUUUGGAGAUCUUUUCAGUAGUGCCUGUUUGAAAGUGAAGCAAACCAUCUAUAGCAAUGUGCAGCCUUCGAACUCAAAUUUGUUAUGGGAUCCAGAAUUCAUGCUGGAUUUUAUUGAGAAUCCUUCCAUUCAUAGCCUCAACUAUUCAAUGCUGGGCAAGAUCUUGAGUGACAAUGCACCUAGCCGCUAUAGCUUUGUGUGUAACGCACUGAUGAAUGUCUGCAUGGGCCAUCAGGAUGCUGGCAGAAUCAAUGACAUUGCUAACCUGUGUGCGGAGUUGACGGCUUGCUGCACAGUGCUAAGCUCAGAGUGGUUAGGGGUCUUGAAAGCGCUCUGCUGCUCUUCAAACCAUGUUUGGGGAUUUAAUGACCUUCUGUGCAGUGUGGAUGUGAGCGACUUGUCAUUCCAUGAUUCACUGGCCACCUUUGUUGCGAUAUUGAUAGCACGGCAGUGCUUUUUCUUGGAGGACGUAGUUCAACAUGUUGCUCUUCCUUCUUUGCUUACAGCAGCCUGUGGCGAUCCAGAUGCUGAGCCCGGGGCGAGGAUGACAUGUCGGCUUCUGCUGCAUCUCUUUAGAACCCCUGAAGCUUGUUUUCUGCCAACUGAGAAAUCUUCCCCAGGUAUUCGGUCAUCUUGCGAUCGUCACCUCUUAACCGCUGCUCACAACAGCAUAGAAGUUGGAGCUGUGUUUGCUGUUCUAAAAGCCAUAAUGAUGCUCGGUGAUGCUGAAAUCGGAAACAGCAGCAUUCCAUCCUUGAAGAAAUCAGAUUACUCUGUGCAAAGAUUGUUAGGUGACCUCAAUGACGAUGAGAUGUGGGAUGGUGCCUCACAUGCUUUGAAAUCAUGUGGGAAACCUGUUUCCAUAGAAACUGCUAGUCUCAGUGAAUAUGCCAGAUAUGUACUAAGGACUAUAUGUCAGCAGGAGUGGGUGGGAGAACACUGCUUGAAAGAACCAGAGAGGCUGUGCACUGAUAAAGAUCUGAUCUUGGACCCAGUUCUUUCAAACAAGCAAGCACAGACUUUGUUGCAGCUUAUCUGUUACCCUCAUGGUGUGAAAGAGUGUGCGGAGAGUGACAAUCCUCAAAGACAACACAUCAAGCGCAUCCUUCAGAACCUGGACCAGUGGACUCUCAGGCAGUCAUGGCUAGAACUCCAGCUGAUGAUCAAACAGUGCAUGAAGGAGCCAGGUUCUGGGGCUCUGGCUGAAAUGAACAGCUUGUUGGAUAAUAUUGCAAAGGCGACAAUAGAGGUGUUCCAGCAAUCCGCUGAUCUAAACAAUAACUCUUCUAACUCUGGUAUAGGCCUCUUCAGUCCAAUCUCUGUUGGAAAUGCUGACACAAAUAUUACAAGGCAGAACAGUAAAAAGACAUUCCUCAGUUCCUCUGAACGACAAGGUGUGUGGCUAGUGGCUCCCCUCAUUGCGAAGCUGCCGACUUCUGUACAAGGAAGAGUCUUGAAAGCUGCUGGAGAAGAGCUAGAGAAAGGCCAGCAUUUGGGGUCAUCUUCCAAGAAGGAGAGAGACAGGCAGAAGCAAAAAAGCAUGUCUCUUUUGAGUCAGCAACCUUUCCUUUCUUUGGUUCUUACUUGCCUUAAGGGACAGGAUGAGCAGCGAGAAGGGCUUCUCACAUCUCUACAAAAUCAAGUUAAUCAGAUAUUAAGCAACUGGAGGGAAGAACGAUAUCAGGAUGAUGUUAAAGCUAGACAAAUGAUGCACGAAGCCUUGCAACUCCGUCUUAAUUUGGUGGGUGGAAUGUUUGACACUGUGCAGAGAAGUACUCAGUGGACCUCAGAUUGGGCACUUCUGCUCCUUCAAAUAAUAACCUCAGGAACGGUUGAUAUGCAAACCAACAAUGAAUUAUAUACAACUGUAUUAGACAUGCUGAGUGUUUUGAUCAAUGGAACUUUAGCCUCGGACCUAUCAAAUGCAUCCCAAGUUGGAUCUGAAGAGAACAAAAGAGCAUACAUGAAUUUGGUGAAAAAGCUAAAAAAGGAACUAGGGGACAAGUGUUCAGAAAGUAUCGACAAAGUUCGUCAACUUCUACCCCUACCCAAACAGAUGUGUGACAUUAUUGCUUGUGAACCUAUGGGAUCACUGAUCGAUACCAAAGGAAACAAAAUUGCUGGAUUUGACUCUAUCGAUAAAAAACAGGGGCUUCAGGUUUCAACUAAGCAGAAAGUAUCCCCCUGGGAUUUAUUUGAGGGCAAUAAAAAUCCUGCUCCUCUCUCUUGGGCUUGGUUUGGUACUGUCCGCAUUGAUAGGAAAAUAAUCAAAUAUGAGGAGCAGCAACACCUUCUUCUCUAUCACACUCAUCCUAAACCCAAGCCACGAAGUUACUACCUCGAGCCUUUACCUCUUCCUCCUGAAGAAGACGAGGAAGAGGAAGAGCCCACAACUCCCUCAUCUCAGGAACCGGAGAGAAAAUCAGCAGAACUGUCAGAUCAGGGAAAACAAUCUACUGAUGAAGACAAGAAGGCGAAAGGCAGGAAAAGAAAAAGCAAAUCAAGUUCCAAAACGGAUGAUUACCCACAGAACAACGUCUAUAGAGUACCUCCCAAUUAUUCACCGGUCUCUUCUCAAAUGAUGCACCACCCUCAGUCAGCCUUGUGGGGCUAUAAUGUUAUGGGGCAACCACCACAGACUGGCUUCUUUGUUCAGAACCAGCCUCUUCCAUCAGGUGGCGCCAGAUUGGAUCCAGCGGGCUCCAUGGCCCCCAGCAACACAAAGCAAGUUCUGUCCAACAUGCUACAACGGCGUUCCGGCGCUGGGAUGCAGCCGCCGUCCAUUCACGCAAUCGCUUCUCAGCAGCAGCUCCUCCAGAUGAAACUGCUCCAGCAGCAGCAGCAGCAGCAGCAGCGCCUUCUAAGGCAGCAGGCCCAGGGUCCAGCAAUUGAUCAGGCUGCAAUUUUUGCUCAGCAAGUCCGGUCAUCUUCUCAGCUUCCGCAGUACCCAGGGAUCCAGCAAGCACAGACUAUUCCUCAUGGCUAUACAAUGUAUAGUACUCAGAUGUCACUGCAACCACAACAGACUGGGGGUAUAGUUCUUUCGCCUGCCUACAACCCCAGGGCAUAUCAAGCAGCUCAUUCAAAUCCAGCUUUAAUGGAAAGGCUGAGGCAGAUGCAACAGCAGCCAAGUGGAUACAUCCAGCAGCAAGCAGCUGCCUAUCUUCAGCCUUUAACAGGCCAUCAGCGACUGAGUCACCAGCCUUUGCAGCAGAACCCCUUAGUCGGAGGAGCACUUGAUGCUAUACCAGCCACAGCUUCCCACCCAAACCUGAAUUCAGUUCAGAUGCCUCAGGAACAGAUGAGACAGAGACAACAACAAAUUCGACAGCAGCGACUCCUUCAGUUGCAGCAGCAGCAGCAAAGUCAGCAACAGGCUCUUGGUCUUCAAGCAAUGCAGCCUCAGCAACCUUUGUUCCCAAGGCAAGGCUUGCAACAGACACAGCAGCAGCAACAGACAGCCGCUCUGGUCAGACAGCUCCAAAAACAGCUGUCAAUUAACCAGCCCCAACAAGGUGUGAACCCAUAUGGUCACCCUUCACACUUCUGAAUCUGGAAGAUGGCAGCAAGACCAAGUGUUUGCACUGAAGAAUAGGAAACCCAGAACUUGCACUGAAGAAUUGGAAACGGGGUUAUUACUAGA